AUGGGAAAUAAAGGCGAUUCAAAUGCCAUAUCUCUUUUGUUUUUUUUAAAACUAAUACAGUUAAUUAGGAGAACGAACAACAAAAAGGCUAUGAGCAAAGAAACUCGAAAGUCAAUGGACCUCCCAAAACAUGAAGUGAGAGAUGGGAUUAUUACUCUUCAUCGGAAUACAUUAGGAGACAUUUUCAUAACGAAAUACCAAAAGGUAUUUAUAUGUUUUCCUCUUUCCCCCGCAGUCCGUUUUGUGGGAUUUGUCUUUUCAUUUUUGGUUGGGCUGUUUUUGUUAUUUAUUACCCUCCCAUUGACAGGUAUAUACUCCACAAAACCUAUCAUAUUGAUGUGCUUCUACAUCAUCUCAAAAACGUGUUUGUACAUCGCACUCUUCUUUCUGGCAUCACCGUGGAGACAAUGUAUUUUAAUAUGUCGUCCAGUCAGAUUUAGUACAACAGCUUUCCAUGUGAUCGGAAUGGUCGGCGUUUGGCUCACUAUCUUCUCCGUCUCAGAUUCAGUUCUGGUAUUAAUCCUCUCUUUACUCUUACAAAUCGUUAUGAUCACAUUUUAUUGUCUUUCUUAUUUAUCUUUCACUCACAACGUUCUCUUCGAUUGUAUAAAAAGACCUCACAUCCCUUUACUUAAACAUUCAAAAAAAGAUACAGAAGAAGAAUUCAAAACAACUGACCCAUCAGACGCAGAUCAAAUUCACAUCGAAAUCCCUUUAGAACAGAAAAAGUGA